AUGCAAGAACGCCACGAAAAUGCCGUAUCAGAGUUUUCAAAUCGCUGCGAAGAACCCAAAGCAGAGCGAGAUAUAUAUAAUUUGAGGAGCAUAAACAGCAUACAGAGUCGACAUGGUCAAUCUACGCGACCCAGAUAUAAAUACAAGCAAGUAAGCCCUGUAGAUUUCCGAGUUCUCCGGGGCACCUGCCCACGUCAUGAUGUGACCACUCCAACAACACGAACCGGAUCCCUAACAGUGUUUGAGUCCGCGGCUGCUUCUUAA